CAUACAGUUACUGGCACGCCACUUGCCUGGAUAAAAACGCCUUUAUUGGCGUCUAUCUGAAACACUUUGCCAAGUGCAGCGCGCUCAAACACCGGCCAUAAGGUCGUGCUGCCAACCUCAAUAGUAGCGCGCGCUCGCUCUGCCAUAGGCUUACAUGACAACACUUAAAUCGGCUGGCGUGCCAUCUGUCGUGAAACGGAACCAAUAUUUCAGGUUUUUUAAACUUGAGCUCCCGAAUGAAGCGGUAAGAAGGGAUGCAGCGCUGUGAAUGAGAGAGAAUAAUGUGGGAGUAACUCAGGGAUGUUUUGGACGCAUCGCGUGCCAGGACUGAAGGUUUGAUGCCCAUCCACAGGCUCGUGUUUUGAUGAGUUUGGAGGCGAUCGCUCCUGCGUGAAUCAUUUACCGCAAAGAUAACCGGCUGGAUUAUCGACGAGCAAUAUGCGGUUGUUGGUUGGUUUUGUUUUGUCAACUUUUUGGCUAUGGGAAGCGUCGCUUUCCCGCGUUUACACCAAUCACUGGGCUGUUCGGAUCCCUGGAGGACCAGCAGAAGCUGAUAAACUCGCCUCAAAAUAUGGCUUUACUAAUUUGGGUCAGAUAGGAGGACUGGAGCACCAUUACCAUUUCCAUCACAGCAGGGUGGUCCGCAGAUCCACCUUUGCCACCAGAGGCGCUCACAGCUUCAUUCACAUGGACCCGAAGGUUGACUGGGUGCAGCAGCAGCUGGUGAAGACGCGAGUCAAACGUCACGCCAGGAGCGACCCGAGCUACAUCCACUUCAACGAUCCCAAAUGGUCCAACAUGUGGUACAUUCACUGUAGUGAUAAAAACAGCCGCUGCCGUUCAGAAAUGAAUAUCCUUGCGGCGUGGCAGAGAGGCUACACCGGUCGAAAUGUGGUCGUCACCAUCUUGGACGACGGUAUUGAGAGGAACCAUCCGGAUCUGGCGCAGAAUUAUGACCAGCUGGCGAGCUACGAUGUGAACGGAAACGACUACGACCCGACCCCACGAUACGACUUCAGCAAUGAGAACAAGCACGGAACGCGAUGCGCAGGUGAAGUCGCUGCUGUAGCCAACAACUCGCACUGCAUUGUGGGUAUUGCCUACAACGCCCGCAUAGGAGGUGUCAGAAUGCUUGAUGGAGACGUGACUGAUGUGGUGGAGGCCAAGUCUCUGGGAAUAAGGCCAGACUACAUCGACAUUUACAGUGCCAGCUGGGGCCCCGAUGAUGACGGGAAGACCGUGGACGGGCCGGGGCCUCUGGCCAAACAAGCCUUUGAACUGGGAAUUAAAAAGGGCCGUAAGGGUCUCGGCUCCAUCUUUGUUUGGGCGUCUGGUAACGGGGGCCGGCAGAGCGAUCACUGCUCCUGCGACGGCUACACCAACAGCAUCUACACCAUCUCCGUCAGCAGCAGCACUGAAAACGGCAACAAGCCCUGGUACCUGGAGGUCUGUUCCUCCACCCUCGCCACCACGUACAGCAGCGGAGAGUUCUACGACCGCAAAAUAGUGACCACAGACCUGCGUCAGAGAUGUACCGAAGGACACACGGGCACCUCCGUGUCUGCACCCAUGGUGGCGGGUGUCAUCGCUCUCGCUCUGGAGGCAAAGUCAGUUUUCCGCUCCUCUACAUCACUUUCCACAAUUUUGACAUUAUUUUCCCAUAAAACAGAUGCAGAAACUGCUUCUUUAUAUUCAAUUUUGAUAUUUAAUAUUUCAUUUUUUAUUGGCUUGAAGAGACAAUUCUGUCAUCAU